CUGUCUUGCGGUUGCGUUGAAGUCUCCGCCAAAUCAGCCAGUCAGUUCGUUGUGCCUCGCGGUUCGAUUCGCGCGUAUGCGUUUGAAGGUUCCGUCCGUAAUAAGUCCGUUGUGCGCGUUGCGUUGCUUCCCGGUGUGGCUCGAAAAUUUGAAAAGGAUGAAUGAAAAUUGAAAUACAUCGGAUGCAUAUCUAAUGUGGCGAAUGUCACGAGAAAAGCGGAUUGCCGAUUGAUUUGUGAUUCGUGGAAAGAUCCAUAAGAAUAAAAAUUCUGAUUGUUCUAGUGCAGUGUGAAUGUGUGCCUGAAUGGAUUGAAACUUGAACAGCAGUACAUCUACAAAAGCAGGAAUCUGCAGCAGAAAUUGUUGCAGCCUUCUCGUCACAAAGAGCUGCAGGCGGAUUGCAUCGGUCAUCGAACACCCGCCUAGCUUACAUAAUUCCUGAGCUGCCCGAAAAAUCCUCAAUGAAGUCAUCAUGGAGCUCCAAACGAUAGUUUAUAUUAUAGCACACUUUCUGACGAUAGCAACAUUCACCCGAACAGCUCAGAUACCUUCCAUCAAACGAUCAGCCACGAUAUUCACCAAAGAGCCAACGGUGCGGAUACAAUGUAUGUCGGGUUCGAUGCUGAUCACCAUCAAGGAUGCCCCUGCUAACCUCAACGGCCAGUUCAGCGGGAUGGUCUAUCCGAAGGGCCUCGCCAAGAACUCGACCUGUCUGACCGAGUACAGGGACCAGGAGGGACCCCUGCGUUACAAGCUGCCGCUCAAGAGUUGCAACACGAUGCCCCUCGAAACGGACGAUGGUGGCAUCGAGUUCUUCAACACGAUCGUGCUGCAACCUCACCUGAAGCUGGUCACUGACCUGGGCCGAGGCUACCACGUACGAUGUCGGUACAAGAGUCGAGAAGCUGCGUUGAAGCCGAUCAAAGCAAGAGACGACAGUAGACCCCAGGCGCUGACCAGUGCCGAAGGAGGAACCGAUCGACGAGAACACGGUCGAUCGAUGGACAAGGAUCAUCAGCUGGCGACGGAAGAGGAAGACGCAGACGUCAAGCCCAUGCCAGGGUGCCACAUGAAGAUUUUCACCGGUGAAAAGCUGGCCGAGAACGUCAAAAUCGGAGAUCCGCUAACGUUAAUGAUCAACAUCGACAAACAGGACCUGUAUGGGUUGCACGUUACGGACUGCUUGGUUCGCGAUGGACUUGGCUGGGGAGAGCAGAAGCUUGUUAACGAUGAAGGCUGUCCGUUGGAUAAUGAGAUUUUGGGACCGUUCGAAUACACCGAAGACAGGAGUAAAGCCACGGUUACAUUCCCAGCUCACAAGUUUCCUUACACGACAUCGGUUUACUAUCAGUGCAAUGUGAGGCUGUGCGCUUUGGGAGAUCCAGAAUGUCACAAGUCUCCAACAUGUGGUAGACAACGAACAAAGCGUCAGGCUGCCACAAAUUCCUCGGAUGACGAAGGACUUCCGGCCACGAUCGAAGUUUUCUCUGGCCUGUACGUCAACGAGAACGCCGAGGUUGUCAACGACGAUGGAGACUCGGUGUUCAAGGAGAAGACGCCGGAGGACGCAAUCUGCGUGUCCCAGAGAAGUUUCGCCGUUGCCAUAGCCAUUGCUGGCCUUUGUCUGAUGCUGGCCGUCGUCCUCGCCGUGAUGUGUAUCGUGGCCAGACGAAGUGGCAAGACCGUGUCCAAUUCUGGAAGCUCGAUCUACAGUGGACCUUACACCAAUACUGCCUUCUCGCAUAGUAGUUAACUCUCCGGUUUUGGUGGAGUUUGGGCGAGAAUGAUCCGUCCUCAUGGUGUGCGUGUGUGAUUGUGGCAAACACAAACGGAUGUGUGUAAUGUGUUGAAGAACGAAUGGGAAGUGUGAUAUACUGUGAUUCUUCUUUUUAUUUGAACAACGCAAAAUCGCAAAAGCACAACGAUCGUCCUCGGAAGGACGAGAAUCGAUCAAUUCGUAGCGAAAAGAAACUGCAAAUUUCAAUAGGGUUAUUGUGCCAACUAGUGGAAAUAGGUACUUUUUAACUAGAAGCUUCACUGUAUUGGUGGUUUAGCAAAUUGCAAGACAUCUACGAGAGUAUUAUUGUAUCCAAGUUUGAAGUGAGACUUUUAUCAGUUCUUCCUCAACUCUUUAAGCUAUUUGUAAUUUUUCUUCAGAUAUUACCGGACAAUGGCCAAAUAUUUAAACCUCCACAAAAAAAAAACUUAUUGUCCGCUAAUACCGCAGAGGCAUUUCUAAAUAGUAUAGGUAUUGGUUAGCUCUGGCAUGACCUGGAGAAAUCUAACCGGAGUUGAAUUUCUUCAUCUCAUGUCCUAGAAGGAACCUCCCAUAGCCUCUGACUUUUAGAAUUUAACCGAAUUUCCUUCUCAGUGGAAGGUGAAUUUCUCAUCCGGCAAACAUUCAAUUGUUACUUACAGCACAUGCACUGUUCAAGAACUAAGUCAGGUGAUGGGAAAACCCUCGGUGUCUUAGCGUUCAGGUCUACUGUAUCUUUCUCCUACUAAAAUGUAAGAAAAUUCGAAUAAUUUGUAUUUUAAACGGUAGUUCGUAAGCAACGAAAUCAAACGACGUAAAAUUUUCGAAAGUGAAAAAUAGUGCUGGAAAACUUUGAUACGAUUGAACAUUGCAUCAAUGAGGUCAAACAUACUAUAAAUAAUAAUAAAAGUCAAAACAGACAAAUGAUGUUGAUUUGUGAAAUUUGCCUAAUGUUCUCUUGUAUCGAAGAUUCCAUAGAUUCAAUCUUUCAAUAUUAAUCAAGCGUACAACAAAUUGAAAACGCUAUUAAACAACAACGAAAAAAAAAUAAACAAACUAAUCUAACCAUUUGCACUUAAAAAUAAUCUACUCUAAAUUCUCUUUGUAAAGUAUCACGAACAAAUCGAAUAUAAUAAAAAUCAACGAAAACUUA